CAGGCUGACUUUUUGCCCACUUCAACUCAGAGCCCUCAAGGCAGCUCCCCACAGCCUUCACCUGACAGCCAGCAAAGAGACACAGUUCACCCCCAGUCACCACUAACCAAGCAUCAUCAUCAAUCUUAUCAGCCAUCACAAUACAAUCAGAAUGUAUCUCAGCAAGACCAGCAUAUUUCCCAGUCAGGUGUGCCCCCAUCUAACAUGUACAGUGAACCAGCAGGGCACGCAGGACUUUCAACUGAAUCUCAACAUCACAGCUCACAGCCUCAACCAGUAUUAAAUAAGAGACAGAUAAGACCAAAUAUGACCAGCAAUAAUAAUAAUAAUAGUCACCAAGUGCCAAAUGCGAUGGGUCAUGCACAAGGUUUUCAACCAAGAACUCAACAGCAUGCUCCACGCCUCCCUGGCAAUUCUAAUUCAGGGCAACAGCCUCAAAACCGAUUGGUUCGUCCACCUCUUCAGCAGAUUAGACCAGCUACAAAUGCAAUCAGUGGUCCAAGACCCCCACAACUUCCUAUGAAUGUAAGAAAUGUCUUCACACUCUUGCAUUGCAAACUCAUUUUUAAAAUUACUGCUACUAUCUAUAAGGAAUUAGACAGACCCCAUACAAUUUUUGUAUUCUGCUUUGUGAACAGUAGUUCAUAUUAGUGACUUACUCUUAAGUUUAAGACCACUUGUAAAGAAACAAUACUUUUUUUUUUUUUAAUAACAAAAGCAUGCAUAAUAUUUUAGCUCAUCAUUCUGUUAAUGGUAUCUUUAGUACCCCAUUCAGAUGAUAUAAAACUGCCUUUUAAAAAAAAAAAUUCUUUUUUUUUUUAAGUUCUCGCUGCUGACUGUGGAUGGCUUUUUUGUUUGGUUUACUGACAUAACAAAGUGCAAUUGUCUACUUUAAAAAAAAAAAUAUUUUAUGCAUUUCUACGGCAGACCUUUGUGUCUUUUCAAGGCUUUUUUUUCUUGAAUAAAAUAUACUUUCAUUAUUCAUUUUCAUAAUAAUAUUUUUUGUUACGGCUGUUCAAUUCAACUAGUACCAUUAUAAACGUUAACCAUUUGUGAAUUAUUUUUUUUUUUAAAAACAUAUUUAAUUACAUCUAUACAAUUAGAUCUUUUCAAAUAAAAAAUAUAUAAUUUUUAAAAUUAAAAAUUGCUUCUUUUUUUGUCCUUAUUUUCAAGAGUCCAUCCCAACGCUUUACUCGACCUCCACAAAUGGAACAGAGACAACUCUUUCAUGGCAACAAUGCUCAGAAAUCAUCACAUAACAUCAGGAUGCCCCCACCUACCCAAAACCAAACUAGUCAACGUCUAAAUUUUAACCACCCACAGCAACAAAACCCUGGUCUCAGGCAACCUCAGCCAAUGAGAUCAGCCAAUCCAACUGGUGCGCUUGGUCAGGGAGGCCCAGGUGGUAAAAUGGUGUCCCAAAAUCCCAGUAUUCCAAGACAACAGGGUGGAGCUCCUUCACCUGGACAAAUGAGGCAGACUGGACAUCCACAAUCUCAGCCCAUGAACCAGGCUCCAAGGUCUGGGGUGUUUCAUCAGGACAUGAGGCCACCACAUCCCAACAGGGGAGGCAGAAUGCCAUUACCCCAUCAAGGAUAUCCCUAUGGCCAGGCUAGAAUGGCCCAGCAGAGACUAAGCAGUGGAGGUGAGCAUAGGACAACGGAGGGCUCAGAAUCUCAUGAGCCUGAUGAUAUGUACUUCGACGAUGAAGAUGAUUAUUACGAUGAGGAUAUGGAAGAUGACGAAGAGGAGAUGUACAACCAGGAUUACAUGGGCGUCAUGGAUUAUGGCUAUCCGGGAAGCGAUAGUGAUGAACUUUCAGAUGAGUAUGUUGAAAUCUUUCUUUUGAAAUCUUAUCGAUUGCUGUAUGUUUUAGGAGUGCAGUGUUUCCCUACUUUGGGGCAAUAUGAAGUUAAUAUGGGGGGGGGGGGGGGAUAUUUUUUGACUCUGAGAGAUUGAUAUGCAUUGACUUUGCAAGUGUUGGCAUAGUUGACAGAUCACCUAAUUAAACUAAGUACAUGUAUACCCCAGCAUCUCCAACAGCAUUGUGUCCCAUAUAACCAACCCUCCAUAUUAAAUACAAAAAUGAUGUUAAGAACCAUAAAUGUUCAGAUCACUGUGCCAAAACUGAAAUAGAUGGAAAAUAAUUGUAGGAAAGCUCAAAUCCCUUUUUUUUUAAAACAGAAACAACGCACACAUUUCUUUAUAAAAAUAAGAAGUGGAAGCUAGAGAGAAAAAAAAGUAUUAAUAUAAGUUCAGUUCCAUACCAGCUUUUUGGAAUGAUGAACCUUCAUCAUUCUGUUGAUUAGGUCAAAAGUUUCUGCCUAAUGAAAGAAGGUUCUUAGUUAAAAUAUAUGAAGGUUGGCAAUCCUAUAUAGUUUCUUGUUAAAUGCAAUAAAUGCCGGUGGGCCUUAGUGUGGUGGCCUUGCAAUAUCAAGAAGAAUUAUCCAACAUGCAAAAUGAUAAUUGAAUUAAAACACAAUUUAAAAUGAAAGGAAUAAUGGCUUUACAAUGCAUUGAAAAAGAUACAAAUAUAUCUAACCCCAAGCAGUUUUCUGAAUGUUGAUAUAGUGCAGUGAUUUAUUGAUUUUAAAAACAAGCAAUUUAGUUGUUCCAGCAGGGAGACCUCUCUCUUGCAGGGGAAUAAGUGCAGUGGUUGGCUUCCACAGGAAUAAGUGCAGUGGUUGGCUUCCACAUCAAACCUUUGUAGGUGAUAAGGUGGAGCAUUGAUAAAAAAAAAAAGGUUGGGAAAAAUUGCUUUAAUGCAUGACAACACCUCAAGCACAUCUGAAUUUCCUCUUAAAUUAACUGGAAUAUGUACAUGUUUUGUUUUUUCAGCAUGUUUUUAAAGGUAUAUUUGUGUAUAUAACCUCUGAAUGUUAUCUGUGGUAAAAAAAUAUUGUGGUUCAAUUAAAAAGGCAAUAAUGUAUGGUUAAUCAGCGAUUCCCAAAAUGUGCAUGCCCUUAAACUGAAAAUUGUUGUUUCCUUUUUUAACAGAGAAUCUGCUUUACUUGAAGAACUAAAUUCAUGUGAGAAUGGACCAAGGUAUGAAGAAAUUAUGAAUCGUCUUCGUGAAAAGGGUGUAGAUGCAGAUGAGCUGGAUGAAAUGAUGUACCAUCGCAAUAUGGAAUAUGGGCAAGAGAUGUAUCCUGAAGAAGGUUAUAUUGAUGAAGAGGAUGAGGAUGAAGAAGAUGAGGAGGAAGAGGAUGAAGAAGAAGGAGCAGAAGAUGAACGCCUUGUUACCUCUUCAUCCCAAGGUCAUUUGGGUUUCCAUAAAAAUAUUCCAAGACAGCCUAUGUUGAAUCAAAAAAGACCACCUCAAUUCUCAGGUGUGCCAACUCACUCUGAACUAUCAGGUGGGUCUAAUGAUAUUCAAGGUCCUUGUAGUCAAAAUAGAAUGUUUGUUGGGCCUUCAGGGGGACAGAAUAUGAGAGUAAAGGCCCCAGGCACUGGGCAAGGUCAUAAUCUACUGUCUCCUUCAACAAACGGGUUCAAUCAGCAAAGUAUGUCCUCAGGACAAUCUACCAAUCAGAAGCAGCCCAACAAGCCCCCUGCUUCACAGCUCCAGUUAGCAAAUGCUCGUCAGUCAACUCCAGUACAAGCUGGAGCACCCUUACCUCAGGUUAGGCAGCAGCAGUCACCACUAAAACUUGUUGGCCCUGGCCAACAAAGUAAAGCUAGUCCUUCUCCAGCUGGCCACACACCUGCAAUUAAUAGUGGCUGGCAGCCUGUUCAGAAUAUCAUGAAAUCACCUUCCCAAAUGGGGGAGAUUAGAUCACCAACUCCGAAAGCCAUUCCACAAACUGGUCCAGCCCAGAUGAUGCCACCCCCAAAACCUGCACAGAAGCCUGCUGCCUCAUUUCAAGGCCAACCUGAAAUGUUGAAACCACAAGCUCCUGCCCAGGUUAAUCCACCUGGUAUCGUUUUAAAACCUAUUCAACAUCUUAUAGUGUCUGGCAAUGUCAACCAGCCCAAUUCACCUGGGCAGGCGAACCAAAACAAGAUUACCGUUCAGCAGAGUCCAAAUAUCCAACCUUUGGUCAUUAGUCCAGUGUCUUCUAAUCAACAAGCAGGAACACCUACUGUGGUCCAGCCUCCAUUAGUGAGAGGACUUCAGCCAAAAGCCAAUCCACAAGUGCAACAGUCUUUUGGGCAAGUCACACAGUGUGUUGCAAAUAAUCCAAAUAAUGGACAGAUUUCAAACCAAGGUGUUCUUAGGCUGCCAGGACUAAAUAUUCAGGCCAAUUUACCUCUUGCACCCCAACAAAAAAGCACAUUACCUAAAGAGUCCGCACCCAGUGAGGCAACCUUGGCAAGGCUCACAGUUGAGUACAUGCAGCAGAGUUUGGAUGAAGAGAUUAUGGCAAAAAAAGGUGUCCCUAGUCUGCAGGGUCAGCAGAUAGCACCUAUUCAGCAGUCUGGUGCCUUGCCCUCAACAGAACAGACAAAUCAGAGUAUCCCCCUUGUUCCUAAUCAAACCCUUCGUCCUCAACAGCAGCAGAAUCAAACAACUUAUCAGCCCAAGCACCAACUCCCACCUAGACAGCCUAUUCCUGCCAUUCUUGAUCCCAACUUUAGCAGUCUAGUUCCCCAAGGAGACAGGCCUGUUUGUAGUGUGGUGCCCUUCACGACCCAAAAUAAAGCACAGUUGGGGCCCACCAAUCAACAAAGGCCAACUGUCCCUCCACAGCAAAGUCAGGCACAGCCAGCCAAUGUUUUUGUCAAACCUCGAAACCCUCCCCCCUUGCCCCCCCAUUCCACACAGCAGCUUCAAGGCUUGGUCUCACCUCCCAUGAACCAUCCAGUACCACAACAAAUUGCAGUGUCUGCAGCUAGUCCUACAGCAACACAAACUCGGGGUCUUGUGCCGACAGUGCCAAGUCCAAACCAGGUGGUGCUGCAGAAUCCAUUUUCUGACCAACCAAAACCUCAGCUUGACCUUCAGCCUCAGCAGGUGAACCCUCCUCAGCAGCUGUCAGGCCAGCAGAGCACACCACAGCAUAACCCUCUUCAACAGCAUCAUCAUAACAUUCAGCAGCUCCCUCACCAACACCCAUCAACACAACAGCUUCCUGCACAGCAAAUUCCCUUUCAACAGCAUCCUAACCAGCACCAUCCAGCUCAGCAACAUCUGGUUCAGCAGCAGCAACUACACCCACCUCAGCAACAACAUCCAGCACAGCAACAACAUUCAGCCCAACAACAACAUCCAACACAGCAACAACAUUCAGCUCAGCAACAGUAUCCAGCUCAGCAACAGUAUCCAGCUCAGCAACAGCACCUUCCCCAACAGCAAGUUGCUCAGCAGCAUCACAUUCAACAUAACACCCAGCUGCAUGCCCCAAGCUACAAGUAAGUGUUACUCUUAUCUCAGAAUACUAUAUUAAAUAUUCAAAAGCCAUUUUAUUUUGGAAAUUCUGCAGGGGAUUAAGUGCAGUGGUUGGCUUAUAAGCAGGUCAUAGGAGAUUUUUAUAAUUUUCUGUAGGCACAUUGAUUCAAUCCUAAAAAACAAUUUUAAAAAGGUAAUUAUUCAGCUUAAAGCAGUAUGCAAAAUUGUGGUCAUGAGUUUUGUUCUCAUUUUGCGACUGCUGUGAUUGGAAUUGCUUAGAGAGUAUCAAAGUACCUAUAUAGACUAAUGAAAUAACAGAUUAUCAUGUUUUACAAGAUUUUUAGAAUGGUCAGAGCAACUCUCAUUUUGAUACAGUCUUGUACCAGCAUCUAAUCCACAUUUGUUACCAGACUGCAAUAAUGCAAUCUUCAUUUACACAAACUUGUUAAUUGAUAUCUACAGCAGAAAAUUCACAUGGAAAAAUAAAGCGAUCAAUUAUUUCUUUCCAAACUGCAGUCAUCUGUUUUUGAAAAUGUCCAUGCGAAGCGAGUACAAUUUUAACAUUACACAGUAUGUUAUACCCGGUAAUGGUAUUUAAGGCUUUUAAUACACAAUGAAGUUAAAUAAUUAAUUUUUAGUCUGGAUUUAAAAAGCAAAUUAUUUUAUGGGGUCAGCUUAUGGGUGGGUUAUACACUUUAUAGACAUUUCCUGUCCAAAACAAAAAAAGUGAGGGGGGGGAUAUAAACUAAAGGCUUUAGAACGAGUAUAAGCUUUUAUUUUUCCAAUUGAUUUCAUCCAGGGGGCUGAGAGCUUACAACUAAAUUUCUCUUAAAAUCUUUGCUAAAUGACCUCAACUUGAGCUUAAACAAAAGUUUCUUGUGCAGAUAUAAAUAUAUCUUUGUCCUACUAGUGUAGUUUCUUGGGAUCCACUGUUCAACUAAGGCAUAUGACUUAAUGUUUAAAAAUGUUCAUAAUUUGUCAGUUCCAAAUAAUAUUUCCAUAAAAUUAGUCCAUGAUACCUUCUAAAACAGUAAAAGAUGUGUUGGUUCUCAUAUAGUUCAGAUUAUCAUAAAUUUUAUCUAUACAAUAGCUUAUUUUCAUUUUUUUCGCUCCAACAGACCUGAAACUUUCAGCCUUGAUACAUUGUCAGAAGAAAAGUGUAUAAUAAAAUCUGCGAAAGGCCAAGAACGUUUGAAACCUGGUAUGAUUUACCAGAUUAGGUCCCCAAUUGACCAGUCUAUGGUCCUAGCUUUAUGGAAUGGAGAACGCUUUGAAGACCUGAAUGAAGCAGAUUUGAAAGGUUAAUUGCAAACCAUGUUUUACUCAAACUUUUAAUAUUGUUAUGAACCAUGGAACCCACAGCUGUCUGAGCCAAGGAACCCACAGCUGUCAUAUGUUUACGCCUGACAUGGGAUGUAGCUUAAAUUUUAAAAAAUUAUAAGUAGUAAUUUUUGCAUUGUUACAUUUUCAAUAGGUCUUAAAAUUUGUCAAUAAAAGAUCAUAGUUAGGGGGUUAUCUUAAACCCAUCUAAGGGCUAUUUGUCAGAAAAGAACCAAUUUUAAACUUAUCUCUUUAGUAUUUUUUUUUUUUUUUAGCAUUCAAUUUUUUUUGCAUGCUAUGGGUACAACAGAUGCAGAUGAACUGGUCCAUUUAUAAAGUAAUUUAAAAUAUAUGUUUGUCACUUCCUCCUUUUUUAUGCCAACUAGACAUAGGACCUCCAGGAAAAGUUCCAGUAAGUUCUGGUGGAAAACAAAUGAAACAGCACCCAGACCAGAAAGCAUCAACCAGCCAGGCUAUGAGCAACAGGUAGGCAGUCAAUUAAAAUGUUAAAUCGCCGAAUCCCUGUUUUCACAUUUUGAAACAUUUCUUCUCUGACUGCACAAUGUGACUUUAAGCUUUUUCACUAGGUAAUUUACAUUAAAAAAAUUGACCCAUUAUGGUCUCUCAUUGUUAAAGGAACACAAAUCAUUACAUUAAUUCUGUUUGAGCUCUUAAAUAAUACCUAUACCCUAAAUCUGAAAACUUGAUUUCUAGUAGAACAGCCAUAUAAUAAUAUUCAAACAAAACAAUUUUUUUUUUUUUUUUGAUCUUACAUUAUUUAUGCAACCAGCGAGAAAGAGAAAGCAAAAGCUCAACCAUCACAAGCAAUUAACCAGAGUAUUUCAAAGUUCCAGACAUCAUUUGUGCAGUCUUUAACUCGUGAAUAUGGCCAGGAUGAUCAGAGGUACAGGACUUGCUAUAAACAUUGGGACAUAAUAAUUUGGUGGCUGUGUUUCUUCUUUCAUUUAUCAUCUGUUAAGACGCUUAAUAAUUUCCUCUUAAUCUCUGAAGCAAACACAAAUCAAGCAGUCUUGGGUAAUGAUGCGGUAUUUCCCAGUAACAUAAAUGGUUGACUUGUACUGUCAACCGAUGUCACCUGCAAGAAGUAUUCUAAAAUGAGUUUCUCAGACAUUUUAAUAUUUUCUUAAACCCCAGUCAGAAAGAGGCUUUUGAUUUUUCAUUUCUUGUAGAAAAAAUCAUCCAGAAUUAAAAUAGUGCUUUCAUAACCAUUCCCCUAUUUGCCAAAAUCUGCUGCACUAAUUUCUUUAAAGGAAAUGACUCAAACAUAAAACGAGAUGUCACUCAUCAUUUCUCCCAUAAAUUAUUAGUUAUUGAACUUUGAAACAUUUUACAUUCAUAUGAAAAGAACCUCAGUAUGCAAAUGUAAUAACUAAAAGUGAGCAUCUAUGCCUGUAAGAAAACAAGAUUAAAAGACAUAAAAAGAAGUGUUUGUGCACAUACAAAGCCAUGUUAGUUAAUAAAGUAUUAAUUCUGAAUUUAAUUUAAAACACUUACACUUCUUCUUUUCCCUAGUUAUAACUUAUCGAUUUCAGAGCCAGGUUCCUAUUUUUAUUGAAGACUUUCUCUCUACUUGUAUUUCCAUCCUGUUCUCAAAUCGUAAUAUUUUUUGUUGACACAUGUGACUCGACUCUAUGACUCAUUUGAUCGUCUGUCUCAUGGGCUUUGUUCUGUGAAUGGUGGGAGAAGGGUGGGUAGGGAGCUCGGCAUGGGAUCCAGUAAUAAUUCCACUUUUGCUGAUAAUUUAAAGAUUACAAUUUUAAUACUAAAAAUUAAAAAUCUUUAACAAAAACACUUUCUUUUAAAAACAAUUUUAAACUCGCUAAAAUAAUUUUCUUAAAAUUCAUUAUGCACAGAAAGUCUGUGCAAAAAACGUUUUCAAAAAUUAGAAAGAAGAAAAAAAAUUAAGUUUCUUCUAUAUUUAAUUGGAAUCAUUUGGCUUCACAGAGUGCUUUACUACCCUUCUGCAGUAUCUUUGCAUAAUGAAUUUAAUAAAAUUAUUUCUACUUUUUAGUGUGUCUAAACUCAUCUGAGAAAGAAAGUAAUUUUUAAAAGUUUUAUAUGUUUCUAUUUAGUUUUUAUUAAUCAUAUUUUUAUAACUAAGGGGCCACCCAUAAACAACGUCACGCAAAUUUUUUAACCCCCCCCCCACAUANCCCCCCCCCCCCCCCCCCCCAAAAAAAGUCCCCUGUACUCACUACUGUCCUUUACAGACCCUUAAGAAAUUCAUCUCCCAUGUAUAUCAUAUUACUGCACCUGUGUCAGAAACAUUUCACUAGAUCAGUGGUUCUUAACCAAGGGUACAAGUACCUCCCCAGCCUUGAGGUGUGGAAGACCAAAAAAUUGUAUUCAGUGGCGUAGCUAAAGGAUGCGGACUGCACCGGCCGACACCAUCUCAGGGGGUGACACCAAAUUGAAAGAUAGCAUAAUUACAGAGCACACACUGAUCGGUCUAACAGAAAUGCAUAAAAGGAUAACAGAUGACACGUACAUUUUCCACCUAUGUAACCAAUCAAAAUGCUUGUUUCGUUAAUAUUAAAAUGUCAAGGUUGAUGCGUCAGCAAUUAGGUUACCAUAUUAGUAGGUCAGAAACACAGCGUUUUGACCAUGUUUCAACGCCGAAUGAAGUGUUCGGUAACUUUUGUAAGUGGCAGGAAGCUAUUUCUAUCUAAAUUCUUAGAAAUACUAGACCUUUCCUUUGAUAACCAUGAACGAUUCUAGGAACGUUGCAGUUCUUAAACACAUUUACCCCCAGACCUUCAAUUAAUUUGUUUUUGUUCUUGUAUUACUUAUACUGUGGACUAAGUUUAACAAGAAGAAAUACAUCGUAAAAAAGGGGGGGGCGGGGUUGUGAUACCACGAGCUUACCGGACCGGGUGACACCAACCCUUGCUACGCCACUGAUUCUAUUUGCUGCAAUUGCUAGCUGUUGCUGCUUUAAAAAAAAAAAAGGAAAAUUUUUUAUGGAUUUUGAUUAGCCGCAGUCAAGGGUGAAUUUCAUUGGCGAAUUGUGUGCUUUGGUAAUUUUUUCCCUUGUUUAAAAAAGUUAAUUAAAGAACUAAAACUAUGAUAACUAAAUUAUUUAAUUAUUUAAAAUUUUAUUACAAUGUAAUUUAUACGGUUGGGGGAUUGAUGUUUAAAAUGGAGUGGGCCUGCAAUGCUGCAAAAAAGGUUAAGAAUCCCUGCCCUUGAGCAUUUACUACGAUACCCCCACCCCGGGGUUACCCUUUUUUUUUGCUCCAUCCCACUUCCCGUGUCCAGAUUUAGCCAUAAAUUCUCACGACUGACUGUCAUUGUAACUACAUUCCGAUUCUCCUACUACUGGGCGUCCUGUAACUUGAUCAGAGGCCAUUCUUCGGACUUCGCAUACCUACUGAACUGAUAGUAGUUUUAAAAUAAAAUAAUUAUAAUUGUUGUUUUUUAUAAAGUAAUGUUAAAAAUGUCUGUAAUUCAGUGUUAUUAAGUGAAAUUCUUUACCACAACUUUCUGCUUUUCAUGUGACGUCACAUUGUUUGAGGCCCCCCUCCCCCUCGUCACAAAAUUCUGACCCCCUUCCUCCCUAAACAUGUGACGUCAUUUAUGGAUGGUCCCUAUUAAUAAUAAUAGAUUUACUAAUAUUAGGUUUUAUCUAUUUAUAACUGCUGAAAAGGUGUGUGCCAAAUGUUCAUUAACUUUUUUUAAAGCCGUAAAUAAAGCUUCACUACUUGUGAACUUGUGCACAGAGACAAGAUUUUAUAUCUAUUUAUUUACUUAAGUGUUAUCACACUCAUCGAUGUUCUUGAUUUGAAACAAGGCCUUUUAUGAUUAAAAAAUUUAACAGAAACUAAUUAUCUUAUGUGUCAGUGCAAUUUCUUUAAUCAUUACUGCCAUGCUCUCCCUAAAAAAUGUAAGAAGCAAUUACUAUAAAAUAAUUUUCUUGAAAAUUUAAUUCCCUUAUUGCAGCGUUCCCCAACUUUUUCUAUACUCCACACCCCCUAAGAAUUAUUUGACAAGUCUCACACACACUCCAACACACCAACCCCCCCCCCCCCCCCCCCCCCCCCAAUGAAUUAUUUUACCAAGUCUGCCACUCCCUACAAAAAGAUCAGCAAUAAUGGAGUAUAAAUUCUUUUAUUGAAUAGCAAAUGCACAGAACUAUAACUGUGGCCUAUUACAUUAAAAAAAAAACCUGCUUUAUUGGUUCCCAUUAACUAACAUUUGUUUCUAUUAAAUGAGAUGUUGAAUCGGUUAAAUGACAUGUGUUAGGCUUCAACUGUUUAGUCAUCAAGUUGAAAUUUUUAAAUAUGUACAAGAAGUGAAGAGGUUAAUCAACUGGAUGCAAAUGCAAUUUACAGUUUGUUCAGUGAAGGAGAUCCUUCCUUUCCAAGUCAAGAAGAUAACCUGGCAGUGAGAUGUGAACAGAACUGCAACAUUGAGACUUCUCACUUGAGGCAUGAAUGUUUUAUUAUUAAAAUAAGAAUUUUAUCUUGAAAGGUAUUUAGAAUUGUUUAUGAACCAGAAGUAAUCUGCUACAGAUUGAGACAUUAUUUAUAUUUUUUUUUAAAAAUCAGCUUUAUUGCUAAGAUUUAUUGUUAAAAUUGUAACUUUUUAAAAGCUAUUCAUUUGUUAUUUAUUUAUUUACGGAACACUUGUACAAACGGAUUUAAAAAUGGUAUGAUUUUAUUAAACACGAUAUCGUGUUUAAAUGAUUAUGAAUAAUCUGUUUCCUUAGAAAUUGCCUGGAGCAGUCAAGCAAUCAUUCAACAUACGUUAAACCUUUGUCACAAUGUGAGUUUCAUUGUUCUUUAUAAAAUACAUUAGUUUAAUUUAUUUUUAGUUUUUACACAGCUAAGUGAUACAGUUUGCAUUUAAAAUGUAAACAUUUAAAUAAUGAAUUUGUGGGAUUAUAAAUCUUCUGCUCUUUAUCUUCAGGCCAAAUUCAGAAAAAGGAAGAACUAAAGGAUGAAGAAAAUGAUGAUGCUAUUUUCAAAAAGCCUUAUCCAGAGGUAUUUAAUUUAUUUUUCAAUGACAGCAAUUUAAUUUUUAAAAUAUGCACAUCAAUUUAUUUCUUUAAAUAUUAACUCUUCAAAAACAUUUAUUUUCUUAUUUUUCACCUCCCCAGCAAGAAGACUACUUCAGAGUUUGCACCCACUGUGGCUACACCAGUAAAGAUUUUAAACGCUGUGAAGGCUGUAAAAAAAUAUUCCAGGGAGAAAUGAAGGUUCACACCUUAAAGAAGAACACAGGUGGCAGCAAAACGCCAGCACCUCCACAGACAGGCUCAGGCUCAAUUUUUAAAGCUAAUGGGCCUGAGGAGUACGAAGAUUCCGAACAGACGGACCCAUAUGGUGGUGCUCCUGUGAAAACUGAAGUUGCCUGUGGACACCGUCCGACCAGAGGAAGAGGCAGACGCAGGGGGAUGAGAGGUAGUGGGCGCACAAGAGGUGGAGGGAUGAAAGGACGAAUGGGAGCAAGGGGAGGUCCAAGUGAGUUUGACGAUAAUGUUAUUAUUUGCUCUUUUAUAUGUUGAGUUGUUGAUUCUGAGUAUUGGUAUAAAACAGUUAAUCUUAAUGGUCAAAAACAAAUGCAGCUGUAACAAAUUUUUGUGUCAGACAUUUACAAAGUGUAUCUCUAUAAAAAUCAGGUAGUGAUACUGAUGACUCUAUGGAAGGUCAUAGAAACAGUGACACCUCGGAGAACAGUGGGGAUAGCCCCGUGAAAAAGCGCCCUGCCCGUCCCAAAUCAAAGAAUCCAAACCCAAGAAAGAGAGCAAAGAAGCAAGAUGAACCAGGUUAGUACAGGAGUCUGCCACUUAAUAUAACCAGAUAGUUAUCAGUGCUUGCUCAUCAAGCAGAAUAAUGAAAAUAAUUAAUGUAAGUAUCACUUGCAAAUGCCAGUUAAAGAGAAAAAGCAAAGAUUUUUGUAACAAUCUUACCUUCAUUAAAAGAAAAAUUCAGAAAAAGUGCUGAGUUGACAAAAGUCAGACUAAAUGAGAGAAAAAUGUAGCCAAAAAAUGUUGAAUAUUUUUAUUAUCUUUAUUAAAAUUUCCCGAUUCCAUCUUGUCUGCCCUUCUCUCAUUGCUCCCUGUGGGCCCAGAAAUACGAUUGGUUGGGCAGCACCCAUAAUUAUAUUGUGAACGCACUGAGAAGAGCGUUGACUUACAGGUGUAAGUGUGUGCUGUGCAUGGGAAAGAUUGUGGAAAGUGUCUAAAUACUUUGUAUAUUUUUAUAUUAUUUAAAAAAAUAUUUGAUAUUUUUUAAAUACCGUACUACAUACAUGUUUUGUAAUGGUGGUGAAGAUUUUCAUAUUGUUGCUUUUUGUUUUCCCAAUGAACUGGCUUGAUGCAGCCACAGAAAUAUUAGCAGAGUCGCCCUAGUGUCACAUUUAGUGAACAUCACUUUUAUUUGCUAUGUGACUGUAUGAUGUAAUUUUGUGAUAUAAUUAUUUUGUCCUUUUGCUUGGGCAACUACGCCUGGCAUCCUCAACUUCCACUCCCCCACCCCAUCUUCAUCUAUCAAAGUGGCAAAUAAUGGGCACCUUAUUUGCAAUAAAGCCCUGUAUAUAAAUAUAAAAAAGUCUGUCAUCUACUUUGUGAAGUGACCUUCAUUAGACAUGUGAUGUGAUUAGUUAUUGUCUACAUUAUACUGUAUGUUUAUUUAUUUACUAGUAUAAUACGGUAUUGUAUGAUCUUGAGAUGGUAAAUUACAAGUCUGAGACUAUAUUGUACUAUUUUGAGGGUUCCAGUGUAACCAGGUGUGAUAUAGCUAUAAAUUUAUUUAUGGCAUUCAUUUGUGUAAUAUCUAAAUUAACAUUUAGUCAAUUAAAAUAAAUAGCAUUUAAUAAAUCAUGUGUAAGUAUUGCACCUUCUAAAUCUAUUCAACAUUUUGUUUGUUUUUACCAUAACAUUGAAAAUUAACAUCAUCAAUGUUAAGUCAAAAUUUAUUGUGUAGCAUUGAGCUCAUUUCAAGGCUAGUCUUUUAUUGAUGCCUGUUACGUAAUACCUGCUCUACAGUAAUAUUGUUAAUAAGCAGAUUGUAAACCUUGAGUAAAAAUAAUUUUGCCGUUCCUAGUUGUGGGAUAGCUUCAAUACAAUAGGCCACUUACUUCAAAUUCCACUUGAUGAAAAUCGCUUUCCUACCUAUUAUUUUUUAAAUUAUAUUCUUUUUGAGGUUUUGCAAUAGUUUUUACUUGUAUCUUGCACUAAAUCCAAAGAAAAUUCAAGCAUUUCCCUAUCUUCUUAAUUUUUCAAAUGACACCAGGUAACCUUAAAGCAUGCAUCUUGUUAACAAAAUACAUGAUUAUAAAAUAUUGUAAUAGGAACCAAUGACAUUGUACAAUUAUAUUAAAUUUCUUUAAACUUUUGCAGCAUUCAUUUAAUAACUAGAAUGCUAAGAUUCAUUUGAAUUUUGUUUAAAACAUUUUAUUAUUAUGACUAUAAAAAUGUUUGUAAAAUAUUAUUUCUUAAUUUUUAACCAAAGCAUUCUGAACUUAUUAAACUUUGGUACAUUUUCUGUGCUAUAACCAUCAAAGGGUGUUUUCUGUUGUUAUAAUAUUCGUGAUCAAUCCAAAAAAAGUAACCUUGAUUUUUUAAAAUAUUUUUUUUCACAGUUACAUUAACCAUUUCAUCUGAUGAGGAUGAACCAUCAUCAACAUCAAACAACAUACUCAGCCAUGCCCCCAGCCCAGCUCACUCAGGGGGAAGUGAAUCACCUCUCUUUCCAUCAACGCCAACAGAACCCAUCAAUGCCUUUGGUAGAUUUAGGAAAUUUCGAAUGGAAGAUGAGGUAACAAAGUCAUUCACAUGCAAUAGAUAAACAUUAUAGUAAACUUUCAAAAAUUAUAGUAAAUAUAGUAAAUUUUCAAACAUUAUAGUUAUAGUAAACGUUCACACAUUUAGUAAACUUUAACAAAUAACCUUGACUUUUUUGUUGCCAGGAUGGAGCAAGCAAGAUGAGUAAAAAGAUUCAACAAAGAGGAACACAUUUCAUGGAUAGGGAAAUGGAGGAGGAAGAAGAGGAAGAUGAUGAUGAUGACUAUGAAGUCCCAAUUUAUGAAAUUGACAUCCGUAGCGUUCGGAUAGGAUCCAUGCGCACUCAACCUGAAGGUCCAUUGUUGAUAAAUUUGAGAGGAGUUUGCUUCAAAGUUAAAUGUGAGCAGAGAGUAGCAGAUCAUGUUAAAGAUAUAUUAAAUUGAUACUAAAAGCAAGUUGACAUGCAUUCUAUUAUAAAACUUAUCACUUUGAGCAACAAGUAGAAAACAGUUAUAACCUUAAUUCAGAUUAUUGUUAUGUUACCAUUUUCUUGGUUAAAUUCAAUGCAUUGCAAUGCAAAUUUAUAAAUAUGGGAACAUUAUAUUUUAAAGUCAUUUAUUCAUGUGGCAUCGGCAAAGGAAAUAUUUCACUGAGAAUAAAAGAAAUGGUGCUCUGAGGAGAUAGGACUGAUCAACCCACAAUAACAGCUAAACUCAUUUAUCAAAAAUCUUAGUUCUCUAAUUAAUUCAUUCUGCAGCUGAAAGAACAGAGGAACCUUUUGAGUGUGAGAUUUUAGCUACAGAUGUAACCCAUGUCAAGUAUUUUGCUGGACAAACUCAGCCCGUAUUAUUCUUGUUUCUUACACAUGAGUGUGGGGAGAAGCUGAGGAAUAUAUGUCAUAUGGAAAAGGGUGAUGAUGAGUACUUUGACCCAAGCAGUACAGGUAAUAAUGUUGAAGAGAUUUAAGUAGAAAAGCUUAUACAAAAAUAUUAUUUUUAAAGUUAUUGUAUAGGAAGGCUUGCUGCAGCAGUUCUAUUUACUUUACUUUUUAACUACUAACUUUAAAAAAAAAAUUAAUAUUGUUACUGAAAGCAUUAACCACUUUUGCUUCUAUAUGACACUGCAUGUAUGUUGUGUGUUGGGUACCCUAAACUGAGUCAAUACCAAGCGAGUGGACUAGAGUUAUGCAUUGUAUGCCCAGUGGCCUUAAACUGAUUCAGUCCCAAGCUAGUGGACUGGAGUUCAAUCCCAAGCAAAAGCAGAAACAUUACCAGCACCCGGGGUGGAUGGGACUCAUUAACCUUGGAUGGUAACUCAUCUGAGAGGGCAAACUCUGAAAUUGAAUCUCACUUUAAACAAAAUACGUCUCAAGUCUAGGCUACUACUCUAAGGCCAAAUUUGCCUUGGUCAUCUUCAUGUGUGAAUGACAAACAAUAUAACAUACAUCAUGAAAAGUGACACAUUUUCUGGAUUUACCAGGCCAUGUAUGUCAUUAAAUAAUGAAAAUCAACUUUAUUGAAAUACCCACAAAAGAUGUUGAAUGUUAUCAAAAUUUGCCAGGUUCAUUAUUCCUCUAUUGAUUAUUUUAACUCUAAGAGCAGAGGUAAUUGGAGACAGAAUUGAAAAUUAUCUUAAGUUUUUAAUUGUGCAUACGCUAUUGAUUAACUUCCUGUAACAAGCACAUAUGCCAACAAACCAAACAAAACUUGUUGGAAAAGCUUUCUCAAGUUUAUGUUUCAAAGAAAUAUUUGCGUACUUAAAUAAUCUUAUUAUUCCUUUUUUUCUGAUUUUGGGUCAGAGGUGCCUUCUUAUGCUUUGAAUGUCAAUAAAAUCAAUCAGAAGAGGUAUAAUACUGUCACAUAAUAAAGUUUACAUGACAUAAUUUCAAUUUUAAACACCUUGACUUUUGCAGUUAAAUUAAUGCAUGAAAAUUUCAAUAAAACAUACAAAAACUAAUGUUAAAAUAUAUUUUUAAAGUCAUUUGGAAGUGUCUAUAAUUAAUUGGUGCUAAAGGUAUUUAAAAAGGGGUACUUUUAAUUUUGAAAUCAUGCCUGCGGAUCAUAUUUUGAAUUUUAUUUUUUAGUCUUAAAAUUUGUUUAAAAACAUUCUAAUUGCAGACAUGAAGCAGAAGAUGGUUGUGAUUAUUGUAGAAUGUUUUAACUACAUGCCUCAAGGAAUGUUGCGUGAGACACUGUCCCUGUGGGCAGACAUAAACCAUGAGGAAGACAUGAAUUACAUUGAAGAACUCACUGAAGAAAGUGCCAAUGAUCUCCUGAUUCAAUCAGCCCCACCAGUCCUCACUGCAGAUGUAGAGCAUGAUGUCAUGAAAUUCAAAAAAAGGUUAGAUAUAGAAACUCUGAUCUGGAUUAUUGUUUAAAAUACAAAUGAAUUCCAAAUGAACUGCAAAGUUGUUCCUAAUACAAGAUAUGCUCAAAAUUCAAUUAAUAAUUGUAAUUUAGUAAAUCAAAAUAUUUUCUGAAUUAAGAUUUGAAAAAGAUUUCUUUCAAAGUAUAAAUUUUGUAAAAUAGAAUAAUUUAUAUUUUAAAAAUUCCGACGGGGAACUAAUUUGGCCCUGAAAUGUAUUUCCAUCCGUCCAGAUACCUCAGAAGCUCACAGGACAAGGACCAGAUGGCUAGAGCUCCACUGUCACCUUCAGACAGCACGGACAAUGAACCAGACAGCACCUCAAGCUCACCUCCAGAAGUUAAACACUUCUUUGGGUCCAAUGUCAGGUAAGAAUUCAUUAGAUUAAGAUAAUUUAAAAUGUUUAGGAGAUUCUGUACAAUUGUUUAAAUUAUAUUCAUUAAAUACUCUUAUGUUGCAGCAGAAUUCACAAUGUCUCACACUUUUCUAGGAGAUCUUAGCAUUAAAGCACACAAAAAUAGAGAAAAUGCUCAAAGCUGAUCUGCUGUCCCUUAACUGUUGGAUGAUUAUUAAAAUAAAAACCAACUUAAUAAAUCUUUUUAAUUGCAUUGUUAGGCUCCUCCAGUAUCCACCCCCACCUCUUCGGGGAAUUCCAAUAACCACAGAAGAUAUAUGGUGCUUGACAGAAGGAGAAUUCCUUAAUGAUGUUAUUAUUGAUUUUUACUUGCAGUAAGUGAAUCUACUUAUCCACCUUAUGUAAGAUGUGUUAUAUAGGGAAGUAUUAAAUCAGAACACACUGAUGUUUGACAGUAAAAUUAAACUCCAUUAGUCUGUAUACAUUUUAUAAUAUAUAAAAUAAAUUAAAAGUAUAAAACAAUAAAACAAAUGUGCAAUUGAUAUAAUGUAAUCAUGAUUACAAUUGUUAACCAGUGAAAUGUGAUGAGAAACACUAAUAUCUAGCUGGCUUAUUUUGUUUGUUGAUGAAAAUAGCACCAGAUACCUGAAAGUCCUUGUACAUUUUUAAAAGAAUAACAUUUUUUUUCGUCUUUUUUUUUUAUGUAUCUCCCAGAUAUUUGUAUUUAGAGAAAUUCAGCCCAGAGAACAGGAGGAGAACUCAUAUUUUUAGUUCAUUUUUUUACAAACGGUUAACACAAAGAGACAGACAUCUUGAAAAAACUGAAGAAGAUGCUAAAAAAAGGUAUGCGUUUAAAUCUCUUUAAUUGCUGUGUGCCAAAAAUAAAUGAUAACCUCUGAUAAAAAAGCAGUUAAACUCAGAGCAACUAUAGACCAAAUAUAUUUCUCUAUUACCACUAUACAAAUUUUGCCUGUCUCUUUUAUUCUAAAUUAACUUCACAGAGAAAUUCAGCCCAGAGAACAGGAAGAGAACUCAAAUAAAAUUUUAACACUUAUACUAUAAGAGACAGGCAAAAUUUCACUAACUGGUUCAAAAUUACCAGUAAGAGUGAUAAAAUAUUUACUUCUUAAAGUUUGUCAUUUCAAAUGUGAAUUUUUCUUCCUUGCCAUUAUGUUAAAUAAAAUCCAGCUAAUAUAUGAUUUACUAACUUAACUUGUAGCCUUCCGGAAAGAAGACAUGCUCGUGUGAAAAAAUGGACAAAGACAGUGGAUCUCUUUAGUAAAGAUUUUAUUAUUGUUCCAAUCAAUGAGCAGUGAGUACUCUCAAGAUACCAUUUUGAAGCAUUACACCAGAUACCUUUUAGAUCGUUAUUUAGGAAAUAUUGAAAAGACUUUGACAUUAUGUGGAAAAAAAAAUUCUGAAAAUAAACAUUGCAUUCAAAAGAACAUUUUUCCUUCUUCCGUAUAGCUCUCAUUGGUACCUGGCUGUUAUAUGCUUUCCUGGAAUAGCCACUCCAGAGAUAGUUCAGUAUGUUCCCAAUACAGCCCACAGAGGUGAAGGAGAGGAUGAUUCUAAUGAUACUCAAGUAAGUUUUUCAAACUAAUUUUUCUUUUUAUAGAAAAAAAAAUAAAACCACUUCAAAAUUGCAAAGAAGCAAGCUUAACAUACAGAGUUAGCUGAGAAUGAGUUUUUAAAAAUAAAUGAUAAUUAUUUAAUUUUUUGUAGCCUCUCAAAUAGUCUAAUUAUAUGCGGAAUUAGACUUCUUGUUUCCCAUAAAAUUGUCACCACUUUUGUUGCUCUUGAAAUAACAUUUUCAAACAGUAUGAAAUAAUUUCAAAGCUUUUCAGUUCUGUCCCUUCACACUAAGCAUACUGUGUUGAUUUUGGUAAGGACGUGUAUAAAUAUUUCUUUCAGACAAUAUUAGGCAGACAGCUGGACCCACAAGAAGAUCAUGAAAUCAAACUAGAGGGUGUCAAACAGUAAGUGUACUAAAACUUAGUGGCUUAGAAUGUUUAGAUGGAAAACACCAUUUUUUGGGGGGCAGAGAAAGCUUGAACUAUUUUUAUAUUUUUCCCUUUUGACAAGUUAAAGAAAAUAGUUUUUAGCAAGAACAAACUUGCUGUUCAUCUAAUAUUUUUUCCCAUUCAUUGUUCAUGACUUUGAUAUUUGUAAUAUAUUUGAAAUGUGUUUUUUUCUUUGCAGGCCAUGUAUAUUAAUGUUUGAUUCUCUUGCUGGGCCAAGCAGAAAUCCAAAUAUAAAAAUGUUAAAAGAGUAAGUUUGAAUUGCCUUUACAGUUAAUGUGCUUUACCCAAUUGACAAAUGAGUAAUAGUCAUUUUAAUUGAAUUUUAAAUUAUGUAGGAGUCUUAAAAGAUAUACAUUUUCAAAAGCUUUAUUUUUUUUAGAAAAACUCAUUUAUUUCAAUUGAUGAUAUAGGAUGUACUUAACACAUAAAACAUAGCAUCAGAAUGUCAAUCACAAUUUUUUUUUUCUUAAAUAAGGUAUUUGCAGUGUGAAUGGAAUGCAAAACGACCAGAUUCAGAGCCUAGAAAUUUAGGAAAAAUUGUGCGAGGAUCUUCCCCUAAAGUGCCACAACAAAGCAAUUACAGUGAUUGUGGUGUGUACUUAUUGCAGUAUGUGGAGAGUUUUUUCGAGGUAUGCUAGUUUUAUAUUAUUUUUGACUUUGUUGUGUUUACAAUCCUUUAUUUUUAUGUUUCCUGUCUUCAUUUUAGAGGUAUUAAAAAAGACAGAAUUUUGAUCAAUUUACAGGGGUUUUGUUUUGUUUCUCUAAUGAAAUUUUUUAUUAUGCUUUCAUUAUAAGUCUUUAUUAAUUUUUAAUAUUCAAACUCCUAUUUGGUCUUAAGUCAACAAUGAUUAAAAAUUAUAGUUUUAAAAAAUAUGUAAUUUAAAAAAAGCUUAUAGUAUUUGAGAAAAGUCAUCAUAUAUAUAUAUAUAUUUUUUUGCACCUGUCAUAAUUCAAGUAUACAAAAAUUUGAUUCAAUGUUAAUUGCAGGAUCCCAUAGGAGACUUUCAAAUUCCAAUGAAAGGCUUGCAAAACUGGUUUCCUGAGGAGUUGGUGCUGUAUAAACGCAGAAAUAUUCAUGAACUUAUCAUGUCUCUCCACAAAAAGUAUUCAGAAGAGCGGGGUGAGCGAGCCAUGGACAUAAAGUUUGAAUCAACCCCACGAGAACCAGUUAUGAGAAUCAAUGCCAAACAAGAGGACAGUGCAGUUGCUGGCAGCAGCCGGGAUGAUGAUAGUUCAAACUCUUCCAUGGCUGGAGACAUGACCAAGGAUCAGUCUACAUCUGUUGCCCCACCAACUCCAAUGGAUGAAAAUUCUUCAUUUGAGACAGCAGAUCAACUUGAGCUUGAAAAAAAUACUCAGAUGAAUCAGGACUACCAACAGGAUGAAGAGAGUGAGUUAGCAGAAGAUGGUGGUUUUGAGCAAGCUGAUGGGGCUGAAGAGCAGCAGGAGAGUGGCUGAUCUGAAAUAUAUAAAGCCUGUAAGCUUAUGAGCAUUGUUAUUCCAAAAUGAAUAUUGACCCUCUUGGCCACUUGUCAAGUUUGCUGAAAGAGAGUAAAUAAUGAACAACAUAAAGGGUUAAGUGCUCUGGGGCCUGGGGUUAGCUUUUCUGUUCAAAAUGUUACAGAUCUUAAGUUUAAAAAACAGACAACCCAAGUUUACUGUUCAUUUCUUUACGGUGCUAUCACCUGGCCAACAAUUGUUUCAACUGUAACCAAAACCAGACUGCACAUGUUCUCAUACACGCAUAUUACCCUGAGGCAGCAUUGGCCUUGCUGGAGCAAAUAAAUAAGGUAAAUUUAAAAUUAAAAUAGUUACUUUUGAUAUGAACUUUUUCAGGAGCGGGAGAUCCUGUAUAUAUGCUGUUUUAUUGUUAACCAAAUUAAAGAACUCAUGAUAAAACCCAGGCAUUAAAAUAAUAGUUGGUGUGAAAAUGUACUGAUGAUUUUAUUGCUGUUAUGUGUGAGAGAAUCAGUCUUUGUAAAAAAAAGUCAUUGAAGCGAUUGCUGUUGAAAUUUGAGUGUGAAAGAUAAGCAAAUUUUAUCAAAAG